GGUUAUGUUCGUCCUCUGCGUCUCUACUGCUCACAGCCGAAUAUCUUGCCAGAAUCGAAGUUUGCUUGGGAACCCUUCUCUGUUCCACCUACUCCUCCCUCUCUGUCUCUCGUUUCACCAGGCUGUCUGAUUGCAGACUCUGGGAAAUUAAAGGAAUUGGAUCGUUUGCUGGCAAAACUUAAGCCGGAAGGUCACCGUGUGCUUUUAUACUCGCAGAUGACGAAGAUGAUCGACCUGCUAGAGGAGUUGAUGCUUUACCGUGGUUACGCCUACCUCCGUCUCGACGGUUCAUCCCGACUUUCUGACCGUCGAGAUAUGGUGGCACAGUGGCAGACGGACUCCCGAUGGUUUGUCUUCCUCCUCUCCACUCGUGCUGGAGGUCUGGGCAUCAACCUUACUGCCGCAGAUACUGUGAUCUUCUAUGAUUCUGAUUGGAAUCCCACUGUCGAUCAGCAAGCCAUGGAUAGAGCCCAUCGUCUGGGACAACUAAAGCCGGUUCGCGUGUUUUUUCUUAUCUACCCGUCUGUGCCUGUUAGUUUUAAUGUUUCAUCGUUAAGCACUUCUUAA